AUGGGAUUUUUAUCUCAUUUUUCUUUCUUUCUUUCUUUCUUUCUUUCUUUCUUUCUUUCUUUCUUUCUUUAUAUAUUUUGCCUGAAACAAUGCAUUGACUCUUAUAUAUAUAUUUAUAGCGGACAAUACUUUAAUACUAAGCAAAUUUUGUUUUUCUUUUCUCUCUCUCUCUCCCUGAUCGCUCUAUGUAUCAAACUGUCUCUUAGUCCCUUUGUUUUUCUCUCAUUCGCUCUUUGGUCAAUUGAACCACUUACGGAUUUGAUACUUUAUUUACUUAUCUAUCUAUCUAUCUAUCUAUCUCUCUCUCUCUCUCUCUCUCUCUCUCUCUCUCUCUAUUUAAUCUUCAUUUUCUUCUACUUCUUCAUUUUCUUCUUCAUCAUUUUCUUCAUUUCCUUCUUCUUCUUAAUUUUCUUCAUUUACUUCUUCUUCUUCUUCUUCUUCUUCUUCUUCUUCUUCUUCUUCUUCUUCUUCUUCUUCUUCUUGUCAUUUGUUAAAUCCUCCAAAAUUUUCCUCCUCAAAAUAUGUUUCAUUAUGGUCGCUAUUUGUUUUGGAUCACUACGUGUGGUUUCUUUGUGUUUCGUAUUCUCUGAAAGAAUUCCGCAUUUUUUACUGUUUCGUCCAUUGUGUGAGCGACAUAAAAACAGAAAUAAAUCUUAA